AGGGGGAGGGGUAGGGGGUCUCGGCACUGUUGCUGCAGAUGGUAGGGGUCAUCAACAAACCCUACUGAGGUUGGGGUGUGCCGGAUCUUGCGCUGCAUGCCUCAAAUCCAAAGACAAGUUCCUUUUUUAAAUUGUUUUCUUUAUGGUGACUUAGAUUUUCUAAUUGUUUAGUAUGUUAGGUUCGGUUUUGGGGGAUUUGUGAUUUUAUAGAGAGAGAUGGAUAGGGAGAUAAAGAUUGACAGACGGAGGAGAAAGCAUGGCUGUGUGCAUUUUUUUUGGGGUUAAUUAAUGGGUUAGUGCGCAGGGUCAGUGAGGAGAGUGACAGAGGGGUGUAUGGGAGAGUGACAGAGGGGUGCAUUUUUAAAUUGUUAAAACCAUAUUUCGAAUUUUUUGGUUUCACUGUGCUCAUUUUUGUGCUUCUUGAUAAUUUCCUGGUGUUUGCUUCUCAUCGCUCUGUUGGUGAGCUAUAUGAACGUUGUUUUGAAACACAGAGCUUCAUCCCCUCGAAUCUGCAAUUCAUAGCAGCAGGCUUGGGUUACCCUUGGUAGAGCACAGUUAAACUUUGGGGAGGCUGAUAGUGCCAUUCAAAGCUUCAACAGAGCAUUAGCCAUCAAGGAUGCAACAGAACACAUGGGAGAAGUUUUGAAACGAGUUAAGAAGAUCCGGCUGAAAAGAGCCUACAAGAUAGGGAAUUGGUGGAGGCAUCGACUAAUCUGCUGGCUGAUCAGCAGAUGCCAGUGUAUAAUCUUGCAUCGAAGAUUCUUUGUCGGGUUAUCAAUGUAUCAUUGAAGGCUGAACCAGACACUGAUGAAGUAUUUGCACAAGUCACUUUACUUCCCGAAUCAAAUUUUUCAGAAUGGUUAUGUCACACUCUGCUAUUCUUCCUGCCAAAAAGGGGAAGGUUUGCAUGGCUGUCACUCUUCCAACAGGUUAGUGGGUUUCUCUGGUUAGAACUUCAGUCUACAAGCUUUGUGGCUGAUCAGAAGCUACCUUAUUUGGAUUUUGCUGCUCAAUGCAGGCAUCUCAACUCAAUUACUACAAACCCUAUUCAAGGUGAAGGGUGUCGUACACUAUGGAAUUGCAGGAAAUGCAGAUCCCCAACUCGAAAUUGGAGAUGUCACCAUCCCUCAAUUUUGGGCUCAUUCAGGCCUUUGGAAUUGGCAGGAAGUGGAGAGCAAUCUGUCUCGGUUUUGGAAUGUACUGGAAUCAAAGAAGCUAACUCAAGAUUUGUGUUUGUUUGCCCUGCUGUUGUUUCAAAGCUGGAGGAGGCAUUGUGGAUUAAUAAUAGGAAAUAUGAUGCUCUGUGGUGCUGGGAAAUGCUUAAACUGCUUGUGCAUUUUGCACUCCGGACCAGAAUGAGGCAAGGGUUCCAAAAGGUGUUGCAGUGCUUCCUAAAGGCUUUCAAUGAGUUUGUGCAGAGAAGAGUAUCUCAUUACAAGGAACUCAAUCCAACAGAAAAUUUACUACUCUUAAAAGCAUUUUGUGAACUCCAAGCUCAAGAUAGAAACCGGCUGAAGUCAAAUUUCUGCGGCUUGGUUCUGCUACUUGGGUCGUUGCCCUGGAGAUUAAAUUAUCAAAAUUUGGUGUUUCCACAUUGCCGAUUCCAAGUGGUCGUUGCUGAGAGGAUCAAAUUGAAGGAAAAGAAAAUCAAGUAUACGAAUGAGUUAGAAAGUAAGGUGUGACUAUUUUGAAGCACCUGUGAUGCUGCUGUUAUAUUUUGGAAAUGAGAGGAGUCGUUGGAAUUUUAGAAAGCUUUGUGUUUCUGCCUUUUAUGUGACAGGGAAUACGGACAGGGAGUGGAAGACAGAAAACAUUAGUUUAGAUUGCAAUUUUAAAAGUUUUUAUGCAUCCGAGCCCUAAAAUUGCAAGUUGCCUUGGAAUCUUACCAUCCUCUUCUUCCUCAAUAUGGAUUCGCUGGUCAUCUCCUUCCUCUAUCAGAUUAUAAAUCCAUUUUGGAUGGUUGAUUUCAUUUGUCAGCGAUAUAGGCAUGAUAUGCCGCAAUGAUCAGCAGUAACAAAACAAAUGAACGCAGGGUUGCUCCUGCAAAUGGAUAGAUACUAUCCACGAGUAAACAUUUAUUCUCGAGUGUCCUUUGGACAUGAAACAAAGCUAAACACCAGUCCUACACUACUCACCCUUGGAAACGUCUUUGUUUUGCCUGCAAAGGACUGUUGCGAAAAUUAAACUGUCAUUUCUCAAAACUAAUCAAUAUCGUUACCACAAAUCUAAGCCGCUAAUUACAUGAAAGCAGAAAAAUCACAGCAUGUAGCAGAGUUGCUGAUCAUCAUCAUUAAAAACAUCAUGAGCAGAAUAGAUGCGAAAUAAGAUUUAGACGCGUUAUCCUGACUUGGUUUCCUCCUGUCAACAAAUUCAAUUUCGCUCUUGGUGCCAUUGUUCUUCAAUCCACACCUCUUGCCCUCUGCUUCGCAUUUGAUACAAUUUGGUUUAGACCAUUUGAAAUGCAUAGUUUUAAUUGCAUUUAUUUUUCCAGAGGCAAUGAGCAAUGGAAUAAGGUAACGUUUUAUUUACCAAAAUGCCUCUUCUUUUUCCAAUGACAUUUUUGGGCCGGGGGUCUGGGUUAGGCCCUUUAGGCCGUGUGUUUGUUUGGGUUGUGUACAUUUGGGCUGUUAAAUAGUGGGUUUUAGUCUGAAAAGGACUUUAUUACCCAUUUUAAUUUGAGAUCUAAAGGCAGAAAAUAAAAGUUGGAUGGCCAUUAUUGUCAGUUUUCGUUUAGGAGGGUUGGGUGUGGCUAUCGAAGGAAAUUGGUUGGAUUCGGUGAGGGAGGCGUACAGAGAGUUGGUUGCAUUGUGUGAUUCGGUCAGGGGAAAUUACAGAGAGGGAAAUAUAAAGGGAGGAAGGGGUAUGAUGAGUAGAUUUUAUAUUAUAUAUUUAUCUCUGUUCUUAGUAUAUUUUGAUCAUUAUUUUUGAAGAAUUUUGAUACUUUAAAUUGUAUUUUUAAUAUAGGACUUUCUAUUUCCUUUGGAACAAAACAUGAUCAAAUGGAUGAAUUUUGGAGUAAUUCCAGUUGGAGGGCGUUCGUGAGUCAUUUGGCUUGAUCGUGUCAAAAUUUGGAAUUUUUCUACCAAUUGGUGAUUUUCUGGCGAUAGAAUAAAGGAGCAGUGCACUGGAAAAGUGACGUUUUGGGCUUGAAUUGCGUUUUUGGAGCCCAAAAUGACCUUUGAUGGGUUCGUGGCCCUCUGGAGAUGUGUUCAGAACAUCCUGAUCUUCAAAACAAGCUAUUAUGGGCUGGAUUUGGAGGAUAUUUGAGGGUAAAAUGUGGUUGGACAGUUACUUGGUAGAUUCUCCUAACUUAAUUAGGACUUUAUUUUUUAAGAUAUUUUAUUAUUAUUUAGUUUCCUGGUGAGAAUAAAAAAUUUAGUUUUCUACGGAUUGUGCGAUGGUUUUUGGGGGAUAUUUAAGGUUUUCCGCCGGCCCUAGUCUAUUUAUCUUCUCUUUUAUGCGACUUUGGAGACAGAGAGAAAUUGGCUAGGGUUCUUGAAGAUUUUCAGAUUUUUAUUUUAAAGUGUUUUCAUUUUUUUUCUUCAUAAUAAUAAUAUUUUCUAUGAUUUUAAUUA